GUGUAAAAAUCAUGAAACCUACAUGUUCCUUCAGUCAUAUUGUUAGCAACUCGAAGUAUAGUGUUGUACGUGAAGACUAAACCCGCGAGCUUCUAUUAUGAACGGACAAGCAAGUGAGUACGAGUUACAAAGAUUAAAGAAUAUCAAUGAAAACAAGAAAAUACUUGAAAGUCUAGGACUUGACAAGUUUGAGUCUUUCAAUCCAAGACCAAUAAUAAAGAAGCCAUUUCAGACUAAGGGUGUGAAGAGAAAGAGAGAACAGACAAAGGAUAGAGGUUCAAAAGUUGAUGAGGAAUUCAAUUUUGUGGAUAAAGAUAUCAGAUAUCGACUUAGGUCAUCACGAAGAAUAAAAGGACAGGAACCCAAUUAUCAAGAUGUAGAGAAUUAUAGUAUUGGCAACUGUGAUGAUGAUGCCCAGGAAUACAGGAAGCCUGUAAGAGUGCCAAAAAAUAGAGAAAAUGUAUUUGGAGAGAUCCCAGGUUGUCCUGUAGGAACUUCCUGGGAUACAAGGCUAGCUUGCUGUAUUGAUGGUGUACAUAGGCCAACAGUUGCUGGUAUUCAUGGCAGUGACGAAGGAUGUUACUCACUUGCUCUGUCUGGGGGAUAUGAAGAUGACCUUGAUUAUGGAGUUUGUUUUACAUACACUGGAGAAGGUGGAAGAGAUUUAAAAGGCACAAAAGCUAAUCCAAAGAACUUACGUACUGCACCUCAAUCCAAAGAUCAGUCUCUCACAAGAGGGAAUUUAGCAUUAAGUAGGAGUGUUGAAAGUGGGAAACCUGUACGAGUUAUCAGAGGAUACAAGCUAAGCAGCCUCUAUGCUCCAGAAGAAGGAUACAGAUAUGAUGGACUUUAUCAAGUGGUGAAAUAUUGGCAAGCCUGUGGAUUAAGUGGCUACAUGGUUUAUAAAUUUGCUCUUAAAAGAUGUGAAGGACAAGCUCCACCUCCUUGGGAACAAACCAAUGAAGACUUGGGAUCAGAGAUUGGUGACUCUAUAAAUGGCUCUACUGACUGAAAUUUUGAUCUAGUGAGGAAUUUUUUGUUACUUAUUGCAGAUGUUCAAAAUUUACCCUUUAUACAUGUUUUUAAUUUUAAUUCCAUAUAUUCUGCCCAGAUAAGUUUUACAUUUAACCUGUUUAUGGCAAGAAUUCUCAGUUGUAAGUGAGGUGUUGGACCAGCUCAGUUUAUUUUAUUGCAAUAAAGGUUUGAAUAAUAAUUUUGAA